AUUUUCUACAAUUACUUUUGUGGCUUAUUAUGGAGCCAUCAGCAAUAGUGUAGUUUGGUAUACUUUUGUUGCUUAUUAUGGAGCCAUCAGCAAUAGUGUAGUUUGGUAUACUUUUGUGGCUUAUUAUGAAGCUAUAGCUUAGUAGUGUAGUUUGGUAUAAUCAAUUUUGUGUAGAGAGAGUAGUGUGAGUUUUAUUGCUGAUUAAUCUAUUGAUGUCACUUAAGGUGGACAUAAUAAUAGAGUAUGAUAUAAGAAAAAUUGAUUAGUUCAAGGGUUGAGUUUAAGUAAAUAAAAUUUAAUGUAAAGGAAUAUUUAUUCUUUCCACCCUACAAUAUUUGUUGUAGGCCAAUGCUAAGUGCUAACUUAGGACACAAGUUAAGCUAAGGAAUUAAAUGUGUAAUUGUUUUAAAAGUCACAAUAUUGUACCAGUUUAUUGAUUAAUUUUCACUUUUAGAUUUCUUAACUUGUACCUUUAGGGUCCAAUUUAGCAAGAUCUUUUGUUGUAUUUGACAAUUUAACUUAAAAUCAAUUGGAUUUUCUCAUGAAAACUAGGGGUGUUUAUGGGCGGGGCUUAUCCGUGAAUCUGUAUACUCAAACCGAACCAAUUCACUAAUUAUUUGAAUUGGUUUAUUUACGGGUAUAUCUGACCCAACUUGUGAUAAUACGUAUAGAUUUGAUUAAGUUAUUGGGUUUGAGUUUUGGAACCCGUGAACAUGUUGACGUGGCAUUAAAAAUUAUUAUUAUUAUUUUAAAUAAAAAAAUGAGUGUAGAUUAGUAAAGAGUAGAACACUUGACCUUAAUUUUUCAUUAUGGCUGAAUUUCAGACACUCAUCACUCCUCUCAUAGUGCUUCCUUAGACUCUCUCACAUUCUGUCUCUCUUUCAAAUCCUAGUCUGCACAUCCACUCUCCCAUAGUUCUGUCUCCAUCUUAAAUCAGAUUUUAUUCUCUCUAUUACUCUAAUAUUUCUAUUUCAAGUUAUACUUGAAAUUAGGAAACAAUAAUUUGAGGUUGUGUUAAUGAAAUCUACAAAGUUCUAGAAUGACUCUCUUACUAUCAAUUUGGGUCUGGCGAAUGAAAUUUCCUAAUUUCUUAGAGUGGUAGAUUUUUGUAAUUUUUAAUGGCAUCUACACUGCUUUAAUAUCAUAGCAUGUUUUAGAUGGUAAUGCUUAAUGUUACUGGUCUAUAUAAGGCUUUUUGUAUGUUUAAUAUCAUGUUUAGAUAUCAAUAGCUUUUUUUGUGUGUUUCAUUGUCCCUUAAUAAUUAAUAUCAUGUUUAAUUUAAGAGUUUAAUGGAGAUGCACUAAGAGUUUAAUGUUUAAUUUAAGAGUUUAAUGUUUAAUUUUAGAUAUCAAUGCAAGGCUUUUUUCAUGUAUAAUUUAAGAGUUUAAUGGAGAUGCACGGUGAGUGUAAAAAAGUUUUACACUGUCAUCCAAUAAGAAUAUACCACUCUGCCAUGUCAUACAACUUGGCGGGAUAUAUGAUCGUCAUUGGUUGACAGUGUAAAAUUAAUUUACAUUGUCAGUGCAUCAUUCCUUUUCUCAUAAUUUGGUGUGAAUUUAAAAUAUUGUUUACAUAAAAAGGAUGCUAUUUGAUUUUUAUUAAUGUUGUGAAUUUGUGUCCUGUUUCUCAUAAUGGUGGUUCUUGUGCCUCGUCUUCAAACAUUGUCUCUCAUUCUAGAACUGAAAAUGGUGAAGAGGAUGAAGAUUGAGACAAUUUGUUUAGAAUGAAUGUGAAGAAAAAACAACGUGAAGUGCAAGUAAAUGAGUUGGAUAGGUAUUUGGAGGAUGGUGUUGAAGAUGAUUCUCCUACAUUUAACAUUCUCACUUGGUGGAAAGGAAAAACAAAUAAGUAUCAUGUUUUUUUCCUGGAUCCACGGUAUCUUUGGAAUUGACUUUUAGUACAGGAGGUCGAAUCCUUGAUUCAUUUCGUAGUUCUUUAAAUCCCUCUACUGUUGAAGCUUUGAUUUGUACUCAAAAUUGUAUCAAACCUCCUAAGGUCAUUGGUUUAGAAAAUGAGUUGGUUGAAUCGGAAAAGAUCGAGUCAGUUAGCUGGAUUAGUUUCUACUGAUGCCAGCAUUACUGCAGUUGAGCUCAAUACAAUCACGGUGAGGCUUACCCUGUGUCCAAAAUCACUGAUUUCACAAAGAUGAAUCAUGAAAAGUUGAUGCAGAUGACCGGUUCAGUUUGAACUGCUGGUGGAAAGGGUACCGUCAGAAGAAAUAAGAAGGCUGUCCACAGGACAACAACUACAGAUGACAAAAGGCUUCAGAGCACCCUAAAGAGAAUUGGGGUGAAUGCCAUUCCUCAAAUUGAGGAGGUCAAUAUCUUUAAGGAUGAUGUAGUUAUCCAGUUCUUAAACCCCAAAGUUCAAGCAUCCAUUGCUGCUAAUACAUGGGUUGUUAGUGGUGCUCCUCAAACCAAGAAGUUGCAGGACAUACUUCCUAGCAUUAUCCACCAAUUAGGGCCGGAUAAUUUGGAAAGCCUGAAGAAGAUAACCGAGCAGUUCAAUAAGCAGGUACCUGAAGCAGGUGCUGCCUCAGACACAGCACAAGAAGAAAAUGAUGAUAAUGAUGUUCCAGAGCUUGUCCCAGGAGAGACUUUUGACACAGCUGCUGAGGAGGCCAAGGAUAGUUAGAGUGUUAUUGUGUACCAUCUUGUGGUUUUUCAACAAAGAAAAUCUUGAUUUUCAGUUUUUAGUAUUUUAGGUUGUUUUGUUCUCCUGUCAUUUAACUUUAAACAGUCCAUUUAAUCUGUUUUCUUUUGUCUAAUUUAAAUAUUAACUUAUUUGCGCUCGA